UCUCUGCUCCUCCUUGUGCCUAACACCUCUAUGUGAAUGAAACCAGGCUGCAGUGAGCCAUCAGCACUCAGAGACAGAACAGGGCAGAAACUACUACCCCUCUGUGUGCUACUACCUCCCCCUCCUCCUACCACAGCCCAUGUGUGCCCCAGGAAGCUCAUCUGAUUGCAGGGCAGCUGUCCCCUCUAGUCUUGGAUAAACUGGAACGAAGAUACAAUUGUUGCUGUAUACUCCUGCAUCAAGCCCGGCAUUACCCCCUCACUGACAUGAUACCCAGUGAGCUGAAGGAGUGAAAAAAAUGUCAGUCAGCAUACAUGAGAACCGCAAAUCCAGAGCGAGCACUGGCUCCAUGAACAUCUACUUGUUCCACAAAUCUUCAUAUGCUGACAAUGUUCUUACUCACCUCAACCUUUUACGACAGCAAUGCCUUUUCACAGACGUCCUAUUGUUGGCGGGAAACAGAUCUUUCCCUUGCCAUCGUGCCGUUCUUGCUGCUUGCAGUCGCUACUUCGAAGCCAUGUUUAGUGGCGGCCUUAAAGAAAGCCAGGCCAAUGAGGUGAACUUCCACAGCGCUAUCCACCCGGAGGUCCUAGAACUCCUCUUGGAUUAUGCAUAUUCGUCCAGAGUCAUUAUCAAUGAGGAAAAUGCUGAGUCUCUUUUGGAAGCCGGGGAUAUGUUAGAGUUUGAGGACAUCAGAGAUGCUUGUGCCGAGUUCUUGGAGAAGAACCUUUAUCCGACCAACUGUUUAGGCAUGCUUCUGCUCUCUGAUGCCCACCAGUGCACUAAGCUCUAUGAACUCUCUUGGCGAAUGUGCCUUACCAACUUCCAAACCAUCUGCAAAACUGAAGACUUUCUUCAACUGCCCAAAGAAAUGGUAAUACAGCUCUUAUCCAAUGAAGAACUGGAAACCGAAGAUGAGAGGAUGGUGUAUGAGUCCGCAAUGAACUGGGUCAACUACGAUCUAAAUAAGCGACACUGUUACCUAUCUGAGCUGCUCCAAACGGUGAGAUUAGCCCUGCUGCCAGCCAUAUACCUCAUGGAGAAUGUGGCCAUGGAGGAGCUCAUCAUUAAACAGAAAAAAAGCAAGGAACUGGUAGAAGAAGCCAUUAGGUGCAAAUUAAAGAUAUUACAAAACGAUGGAGUGGUGACAAGCAUGUGUGCUAAACCACGUAAAACAGGCCAUGCCCUGUUUCUCCUGGGAGGACAGACUUUCAUGUGCGAUAAGCUAUACCUCGUCGACCAGAAAGCGAAGGAAAUCAUACCCAAGGCCGACAUCCCCAGUCCCCGUAAAGAAUUCAGUGCGUGUGCAAUCGGCUGUAAAGUUUAUAUCACUGGCGGGAGGGGCUCUGAAAAUGGUGUUUCCAAGGACGUGUGGGUCUAUGAUACUCUUCAUGAAGAGUGGUCCAAGGCUGCCCCGAUGCUUGUUGCACGGUUUGGCCAUGGGUCUGCUGAACUGAAACACUGUUUGUAUGUAGUAGGGGGACACACAGCAGCAACUGGCUGUCUUCCUGCCUCUCCAUCUGUGUCCCUAAAACAAGUGGAACAGUAUGACCCAGCAUCCAACAAGUGGACCAUGAUAGCUCCCCUCCGAGAAGGUGUCAGCAAUGCAGCCGUUGUCAGUGCAAAGCUUAAAUUAUUUGCAUUUGGAGGGACUAGUGUCAGUCAUGAUAAGUUGCCCAAGGUUCAAUGCUACGAUCCUUCUGAAAACAGAUGGAGUGUACCAGCCACUUGCCCACAGCCAUGGCGCUAUACAGCGGCAGCUGUCCUGGGAACCCAGAUCUUCAUCAUGGGAGGAGAUACAGAAUUUUCAGCCUGCUCUGCCUAUAAGUUCAACAGUGAGACAUAUCAAUGGACUAAAGCUGGGGAUGUGACUGCCAAGAGAAUGAGCUGCCAUGCAGUCGCAUCUGGCAACAAACUGUUUGUAGUUGGAGGUUACUUUGGAAUUCAGAGGUGCAAAACAUUGGACUGUUACGACCCAACACUUGAUGUGUGGAACAGCAUAACGACAGUACCCUAUUCCUUAAUCCCAACGGCAUUUGUCAGCACAUGGAAACAUCUAUCGUCUUAAAGCACUACACACGGUCAUGGACCCCUCUGCUGUGAAGAUUCCAGGCCAGUUCAUAGAUGAAGAUGGCAAAAAGACUUUUGAUGUACUCUGAAGAAAUUCUUAACGUUCGCCCUUCUGUAGCCGGGGGAAUCUGGCUACAAGGGUCAUGGUCUUUCUGGAUCUAAGAGGGUAUCAGUGUAUUUCUUGUGCUUCAUAUAUCAGUAUUAACCCUUAUGAUCAGAAUCCAAUGUAUCAACAGGAGCCUUUUUUUUCUGGUUUUGUGUUUUGGAAACCGGACUACUUAAUAUGGACAGCAUUGCUGGAAUCCAUCUGGACAGCGUUCUCCGUGGAAGAGUUUCUCAUCUGAAUCCAAGGGAGCCAGAAAUGUCGGCACCAGCUGUGGGGGAAACCCAGGGGGCUCCCAUAUAGCAAAGAUGUCAAGUCACAUCCAGAUCUAUCAGCACAUAGCUUGACAUAAGACUGCACAAAUGGACUGCGCCUCUGGCAUUUUCUAAACUCUCAGUUUAAUCCAUUCUCAACAUUAACAUUAUGAAAAACCAUAACUGUAACUUAGCCGGAAGGAAAAAAAACAAACUGUGAACAAAUAUUGGAUGUAUUAUUACCCAGAAUCCCUUGCCAUUUCAUUUGCCUAUUUAUAUAUGACUUUCUUAUUACAUUCCCAAGUGUCUGUUUGUUGUCCUGUGCUGUCUGCAUGCUGAUACAAUGCCUGUAGUUGUAUUGACAUGUGAAUGGCCUGAUUUGAAUAAUUGUAUAUUUAAAGCUUGCAACGAUAUUCAAGGCAGUGUGUUCAGCUUUCCGUUUGCAGCAUUGCAAACUGAGUGUCUUUGUGCUUAACCCGUUCUCUGUACCGUAAAUCUUUGUGUCAGCACAACUAAGUGGGUGAAACCUAAUACUCGCCAUGAGAAAAUAUAUAUUUUUACUUGUGAGAGUCUCUGGUGUCAGCAAAUGCAGUUGGCAUGUGAACUCCCAUAUGAUGGGUUACAUUACUUCUCUUAUGUGCAUCAUUUUUCAUAUAUGUCCACAGGGAAAUAUUGGGUACAAACUGGUUCAACCCAGUAGCAUCACUUCUUCUAAUAUGGACAUAAUUUAUUUUUUAGCCAAUAGUAUUUUCUGAUUAUUUUUUUUUAUUUUUGAGUCAAGAUAGCUGUAUGGAGACUUUAUUCAGUAAAACUCUCUACCCAGUUAUAUAAUACUAUUUAAAUUAAUUUGUUGGCCCCAUGCAGUGAGAGAGUUGGGUAAGCAGACUGUAUAAUGUGGAAUUAGAUGACAUUUAGGGGGAAAAUGUACUAAAGUGCGGGUUUUCAGAAGUAGAGAUGUUGCCCAUAGCAACCUAUCAGAUUGUACUUAUCAUUUGUCUAGCACCUUCUAGCAGAUAAUAGCUAAAAUCUGAUUGGUUGCUAUGGGAAAACCCACACAAUAUACACCUUAGAGGGAAUAUGUAUCAAGCCGUAUACUGCGCAUACAUUAUACAAUUAUCUGGGCGAUUGGACUGAUAUUGGCAGUUUGCCCAGAAAAUUGUACAGUGUAUGCGUUUGACUAGUCUAGAAAUAUUGAUCUGCCAGACAUGCCGAAUUGUCAAAGCAUGUCCAUCCGAUACAAUAUUUUUUAAGUUGCAAAUCGGCUGCAGUGGGCAGGGGUGUGGUAUGUAAGGUUGACAGUGUUUGGGUUGACCACUAUUGGUUGACAGUAAGUAGGUCAACAGGGAUGCUAGUUCGACAGGGUCUUUAGAACGGCAAGGUCUAGGUCGACAGGUCAAAAGGUCUACAUGAGUUUUUUUAAUUUUUUUUGGUGUCUUUUUCUCCGUACAGUGGCGGGAACCCCAAUUAGUGCACCGUGUCCCCUCUCAUGGCUCGCCAUGCUUCGGGCAAGGUGCCUGACUCCGCUACCGCUGUGCUCGGCACAGGUUACCGUUCCCAAUUGUAGUCCACAUGGAUCGUAAAGUAUGAAAAAGUAAAAAACAAACAAAAAAACAUGUCGACCUAAAGACCCUGUCGACCCAGGACAUGUCGACCUAAAGACCCUGUAGACCAAGAAACCCUGUCGACCUACUUACUGUCAACCAAUAGUGGUCAACCAAAACAUUGUCGACCUACUUACUGUCGACCUAAAGACCAGAUCCCGUGGGCAGUGUUGUCAUAUCCGUGCCCAUGUAACUCUUCCACGUCAGCCUUGUAGACUCCUUACAAGAUGUGCAGCACAGCUGCAGCCUCUAAAUCCAUCGUAAGACACACACAGUAAGAGUCACUCUUUGUAAUGGCUUAUUAUGGGUUAGGUGGCAAGUGAGUGGCUUUCAAACCAUUUCACUGUAUAUAUGACUUCUUAAUUUGUCGCAACAAUCUGGGUACCCACUAUUCACUGUAUAUAAGGGCCAGUGCAGACCAAUGUAUCUGUAUAAUCCCUUAUGUCUCUCUUCCACUCUCCCAUAUCCUUCUCAGAUCACUGAACUAACUGAGCGCAGAGAAAUGUUAGUUGUGUCUCAUAAACCUGUUGCGAUGCUGCAAAGGUAAAAAUAUAACUGUAAGGAAAUCGGUGCAAAGGUCAGAGGUGAGCAGGAAGGGAAGGCAUCGCCAUUACUUCAGAUGGAACACUCUAAUUACACACAGGGGUAAAAUAAGAAGCCGUGGAGGUCACUUUCACAGGCCACCUGCUCUUCAGGUCAUACAUUACUCUCUCCCCUCUGUUCAAACUUGUUUGCAUUUAGUGUUCAUGACCAGUGUUAAUCUGCUCCUACCGGGAGUUUAAAAAAAGCAAACCUUCAUUUUUGCAGUUUGUUUCAUACGUGGUAUUGUCCUUUUGUAAUACUAUGUACUUUGUCUGCCCGUCGGCUUGGUAUUAGCACCAUCCAAAGUUUAUUUAUGUAUGUAUUUAUUUAUUUAUUUAUGGUAAUCUCUCGUUUUUUUGCCAAAGCCAUUAGUUUUUUUUAUGUGAAUGACAGAUGUUUUUUUGCUUUCUGGUUUUUUUUUUUUUUUCUUUUCUGUUUUGUUGUCUUUUUUGUUGCAAUUUCCUCUUUUCUCAAGUGAAUUUGUGGUAAGAAAAUAAUAAACUUGCACUGUUUGAAUUUUC